AUGUGCUCGAUUGUUCGGUUAUCGACGUUGCUAUUCGUCAGUUUUUUUAUAUUUGAAACAAAUAGUUUCCUAUUCAGAAGUCGAACUUCAAAGAUCAAAAUCGGCUCGUUUAAUCUACGUCGGUAUUCCUAUGCAAAAGCUUCACCAACCAAUUCCGUUAACUCACAUAUAUCAAAAAUCCUCAAACGAUACGAUCUUAUUUUCCUUCAAGAAAUCAUCGAUACUUCCGCUGAUAAUCGUGUGGUUAAUCUUCUCUUACAACAUCUUCAUAAACAAUCCAAAUCCGUUAAAUACGAAUCGAUCAUUUCGCCACCUUUGGGUUUAACAUCCUACAAAGAACGAUUAGUUUACCUCUAUCGGAAAAAAUCUCCUCGAAUACAAAUACUUUCGUCUUAUGUCUACAAUGGAUCAGCGAAGAAUGUAUUUGAACGUCCACCGUUCAUUCUUCAGAUUAAAUUAGCAUCGUUUGGACCGAUUACUUUCAUUGGCGUUCAUUUAAAACCCGACAAUGUUUACGAAGAAUUUUGCGCUUUACGAACAGUUGUUAAUGAAUUGAGAACAACUUCGUCAGUGGUGUUAUUUGGAGAUUUUAAUGCGGACUGUGCGUAUCUCAACAAUGCAAAGAAGAAAGAAUUACGAAAAUCAUAUUUUAAUGAAUUUCAAUGGCUAAUUGACGAUCGAACCGAAACAAAUCUACUUCAAUCAUGUUCAUACGAUCGAAUAUUAGUUUCUGAAGGCACUGGUCCGUGGAAAAAAGUUAACUGGAAAGCGAAAACAAACGGAACAUUUGAAUUCGAUAAGAAGUUCAAGUUAACGAAACAACUCGCACUCCAAAUUAGCGAUCAUUUUCCCGUCGAAGUAGAUAUUUAUUGA